UAGCCGCGUGUCCACGGCGCGAAACACUUCUCCUCCAACAUUAUUCCUCCAAACCCAUCAAAACUGAUCCCCCAAUCAUCUAAUUACCCUUCACUAAUUAAAAAAACAAAUAAACGCAAUCAGUCUCCUCUCCAAAAAAAAAAAAAAUCCAAUGAAAACUGAAAUUUUCCUCUCAUCUCAUCCCAAGAAAUCGAAAUUUCCCUGUUCCCUACAAUAAUGAGAGUGACGACUAGAAUUUUUGGGGAAUAUAUUCCCGGAUCAGUGAUACCGAUCGAUUGGAGUAAAAUGUGAGAGUAAAAAAUGGCUGGAACAUUGCGAUUCCAAUCGAAUGAAAGUGUCAGAAUUGUUAUAAAAACGUUUGUCGUUCCUCUUCUUUCAGUUUUCGGUGUUUGUGAUGUUUAAUUGAGGUAUUGUGAGUGAUGUGAAGGAAUGAAUAGUGAUAUUUCAACAGAAAGUGAAAUCAAGAGAUAUACUAUAGCAGUGACUCGUGUGGCGGUGUGAAGUUCCCGAGACAAAAGGGAAUACCACAGUGGUUGUUUAAUCCAACGACGAGAGUUUCACAUCACGUAUCCACCGAUGAAGAGGAACACCAGGGUAUUGUGAUACGGUACAUUUGGUACACCGAUAAUUCAAUGCAACCAGAAAUGACAGUAUCAUCAAUAUUCAACACUAUCUAAUUACAAUCGUCAAUACUCCAGCUCCAAAGACCCCUCAAAAACCCCAGAAAAACAAAAAAUUUCAAUUAAAACAUUCACCACAAUUUAUACCACACCAAGAAUUAAUUAAUGAAGAUGAGCGUGAGAAAUAUCGCAAUUGAUCUCCACAUGCGAUUGAUCAAGGUUUCAAUUAUGGAGAUAGAGUUGAUUCCUGAGGUACUGGAGGUGACAGUAAAAUCCAUGGAAGUCGAGCCGACGAAGGAGUGAUCAGUCGUUAUCGAGAGUGCAUACGACAUCAUCGGGAAUUUAAAGUGCUAAAUCAUGAGUAACGAUACCAAUGACACGGAUCCCUGGGGUGAUUACGAUAUCAAUGACUCAUUGAAUGCAUACGAUUGGGGGGAAUUAGCACCUGUUGUUGUCAUUUAUUCCAUCACCUUCGGAUUGGGACUGAUAGGAAAUCUUGUGAUUAUCACAUCCACCCUCUGCCCGAAAUUGAGACCUCUACCAUCAACGCCUACGAAUAUAUUCCUGGGUGGCCUAGCCAGUGCUGAUCUCAUAUUGAUCAUCUUCUGCAUUCCUGUCAAGGUCGCCAAACUAUUCUCGUACACCUGGGAGAUGGGCUGGUUCUUGUGUAAAUCUGUCCAUUAUAUGCAGAGUGUAUCAGCCAUCUGUUCUGUCAUCACUUUAACAGCAAUGUCCGUCGAAAGAUACUAUGCAAUAGUACACCCAAUGAGAGCCCAGUAUAUCUGUACCAUAAGUCAAGCUCGCCGCAUCGUUGUCAUAACGUGGUUCGCCUCAUUUUUUCUCGCAAUACCCAUUUGGUUUGCCCAGACUCACAAAGAAGUCGGCGAACGCUAUAAAUCUUACUGGUGCGUGAGAAAUUCGGAUGAAGAGACUCUCUGGCAGAUUCAUGAACUUUAUAUGUUGCUUCUGGUGCUCAUCGUACCCCUGGUCGUUAUGGCUUUCUGUUACACAGCAAUAUGCUGGGAAAUAUGGCGUGUCAUGAAGCGAAGAUAUCACAUGACAUCGAGAUAUGCAUUAAAUCCCUCGACACCGAGCAACAAUUUGACGAAUGGAGAGUGCAUACCGAUGAAUGACAGACGACGAAGUGCAGAACGUUCGCGACGUCUUCGAAGCCGUCGGGAGGAUUCAAGAACUGAGGUGGAAUCACGUACCAUGAAGCAGGUCGUAAAGAUGCUCGUUGCUGUGGUAGCGCUAUUCGCCAUAUGUUGGAGUCCAAUGUUAAUAGAUAACGUGCUGACGGCGUACGGAAUCCUUCCACGACUCAAGUCGGGGCUUUUAAAACACAUGAAUACUGCAUUUCAACUCAUGGCGUAUUUUAACAGCUGCAUAAAUCCAAUAAUUUACGGAUUUAUGUCGAAGCACUUCAGGGAGAGCUUUUUAGCUGCUGCCUGUGGUGGAUGGCGGUGCUGUUUUGGCCAGAGGGUUUAUUCUCCACCUGUCAAACGACAUACCAGCCUCAGCCAGACAAGAACGACGAGUGUUAGGUCAUCGUUCUGUUUCAGAUGAACCCGAUGAACUCGAUGUCUCGGCGGAGAUUGAUUCCCGUCGAUUCUUCAUUUUUCCAAAGAUUAUUUACACGCCUUUAAAUUAUUUCUAUGUCAUUAAUAACAAAGAAUUUGUUGGUAAUACUUAGGCAUUGUUGAGAUGGAAUUUCUCGUCGGGUUUUAUUUAAUUGUGAAACAUUAGAAAUUCUGUAAUUAUCGGUGAAUUUAUUUAUUUAUUAUGUGUAUCAAAAAUUGUUGCAACAAAUUACUUUUUAUGCCAGUUGAUGGGUGGUUUCUAUUUCUGUAAAGAACGGUGAAAGCUGAGAGUUAUAAAAUAUCUUAUAGAAUUUCCACUGAAUUUUCCUCAUUCUAGAGAUGUUCGUGAUGUACGUAAAUAUUUUCAUAGGAUAAUCGAAGAUUCCAUUUUCUCGGUCGUAUAUACUAGGAUAAAAACAUUCUACCAAAGAACGAUGUAUCAAAGAAAUAGUUAAUGAGUUAGUCAAUAAUAAUUGCCAACACUUGCGUUAGUGACUCUUCGUUGAGAACAAAUUGUAAUAAUUUAUCAGGAUUUUUUAAUUUAUUCAGCAGGAUUUGAGGCUGCGGUAUUUUUUAAACUUGAGUAUCGAUAAUUAUUCGUUGAUGACAGGGUAUCGCAUGACACACGAGACCAAGAGUAUAAAUGCACGCAAAGAAAAUGAUUUUUUAAUCCUGCAGAAUGUGAAACCGUGCAGAAAAAUUAUAGAAAUUGAUUUAAUAAAAAACGAGGUAAAAUUCAAUUUGUUCGUUCUAUCGUUAUUAAAAAUUCCAUUAAGCUGUUUCGCCAUUGUAUAUUUGAUCAGAAGUGAGAGAAAAUCAAAAUUUCUUGCUAAUGUUUGUUUUUCAUUCUCGGGAAUAAAUAAUCCUUCCUUUGACAAACAGUUGUUACUCUUUUGAGCUCUCGAUGCAUAAACACAUGCACGCAGUAUAUACUCGGGCUACUGCACGCAGGCAUUUAUUUACCAGAAUAUUUUUAAUAGAUGGAAAAGUGGUAAUUAUAGUUUUCACUCGGUUCUCACUAUUUUUUCAAAGUGUAUAUAGCAUGUGUAUGUAUUUUA